AUGUCGCUCAACAACGCCCAAAUGCUACGACUGGUAUCAGGCAGCCUUUGGGACUUCUUCCUGGCAGAGGGCGACAACAAACCAGUGGAGGCCGCGGCAGAAGGUGGGAUCAACUACGCCGAGGAGGUCAAGUCCAAGGGCAGCAAGGAGAUGGGGUCACCACACCUCCACACGGGGGCAGAGUUCUUCCUGGAACUAGCCAAGAGCGAUCAGAUCAGCGGCGAGACGAAGGACAUACUCACACAGUUUGCGGAGCUGAUCGAGGUGAUGAACAGGGAAGAGUUCGCGGACAGUCUAUCAUACUUUCGAGUGAAGAAAGCAUACACGGAGCCAGGACACACGCAGAAAUGGAAGAUCCACAUCAUGUUCAAUCCUCUGAGCCCAUCGCCAUGGACACAUAAGCUGAAGGGCGAGGCGAACGCGCUCAGAGUCGGCAACGAGAAGGCGGAGAUCGAGUUCGGCACAUUCGGAGUGCAGGACCUUCGGCAGGCCACAUGUCGAGCUCUCAAGGUGCUGCAGGCCCAGCAGAUCUUCGGAGCGCCGCCGCCUUCAGCGCUCGAGAGACAGCUCCAGGCUGCGCUCAGAGCGCGCCAGCAGCAGGCGCAGUAG